AUGACGGCUAUUUGUGUGGAAAACUACAAAAAUAAUGAAAAAGUCACACAUGGAGUUGUUUUGAUCAAAGGUCGUGUCAAAAAUUUCGAUCAAUUGAGGUCAGAAAUAAAAGUUUCCACGAAUUCGCAAGUCCAGAACUACCGGUUGAGCAAAAAAGGGCAAUUUAAGGCUUUGGUAGAACUAAUUCCUGAUGAAAAUACGAUAAAAUUCGAAUAUAAAAAUAUUUUUUUCGAAUUAAAAUUAAAUUAUGAAGUGACAUCUCACGUAAAAAGGAAAAUUCAACCGAUUUAUUUGCUGUGUCGGGAUUCUCCAAGGAGCUCAAUUGAAAUAAAUUGUCAAAAACUAUUGCUGGGAUGCAAAUUAGCACAAAGUUUGUAUGCGGAGAAGCUUUUUCAAGGCACUGGUGUGAGAAAAACUUUUAAUUUAGCUGAUUUUUGUGAGGAAUUUACGCUUGAAAUUGAAGAAACCGAAGCUCAAACCCUUUCCGAUCAAGAUUUAUGGCAAAUUGUAGGUAAAAGUCUCAUUGAAUCACGGAAAUUUGACGUUUUUAAUACGAAAUUCGUCGCUUUUUGUUCGUUCACGAAGUAUUUGGGACUGCCGAAGGAUGCAGAAUACUCGUAUGCUUUGAUAAAAUCACGUACUUUGUCGAAUCCCGCACUUUCCUCCGGGGGUUUAGCUCUUUUAGGUACCGGUUGUUUAUAUACAUGGCCUAAAAACGUCUCGGAAGUCAUCGAACACUUUUUGGAUAAGACUCGGAUUGAUUUCACACGAGAGCUGGAUGAUAGUAAUUAUCGUUGCACGCGCGGCGGAUGCUUUUCGACGACGAUCGGAAGUCUUUGUCACGAAUUGGGACACAUUUUCGAUCUUGGACACACGAGCGAUGGCAUUAUGGGCAAAGAUAUCGAUUUUGUAGGCAGAGUUUUUGUCACGGAAUUGCACACGGAGGACUUGCCAGACCGAAUUGUAGGCCAAAAACCCCAAAAAUUGCCAAAAACUGAGGAAAAAACGAGAUUUACGAAGAUAAAUCGAACGCCGGGACAAUUUCUCAUCAAGUAUCACGAACAAAAAGACGACGAUUUGAGCUUUUUCGCACAAAAUAAUUUAAUUACGCUCGCAUUUCAUAAAUGGUUCAACAAUAACGGGAACGAAGCACAAACAAUAAAGUUUAAAAAUGGAAUAAUUUCGAGUGAAUUUCAAUUAAAGUUGGUUGAGUUGAGGAAAUGUGCUGAUGAAAUGUUGAUACAUUUUUGGAAUUUGACUGAAAAAGAAGUUUUUGAGUUUAAAUUGCCGCAAGAAAUAGAAAUUUGUGAGAUAAUUCUUUUUGUGAUCGAUGCUGAAGGAAAUAUUUUGAAGCAAAAGUUGUGA